CUGCGAAAAUGAUAGCUUUAAAAUGAAACUUUGGUUUUCGCAGUAUCAUCAACGUUUGCUUUGGAAUGGCUGCAGCUGGUCUAGAGAAAUGCUUUCCAAUGUUCAUCAGUCAAUCGCGUUCCAUGAGCUAAUUUCACGUACUUCCUUUUUGAAUAUGUUUGCUCACAGACCUAGGUUGUUCCAACUACUGAUGCCAUAUCAUCUGCAAAUUUUCUCAGUUCCGGAAAUUGAACCUCAGUUAGGGAGCGGUAAAAGCCGACAAGUUGUCUUUCUUUGUGCUUCUGUUUGCAGAAGUCAUUUGCCUGCACGUCAAUUAGCUCUAACUAUUGCAGCUGGAACUUCAUCAAGGUUACAAUCAUACGGAUUCCGGAACAGAAUAAUUUCACUCUAAUUCUGUCAACAUCUGAAAAUCUCUCCAACAAAUGCUUUUUCA